AUGUCGAAUGUUUUACGACUUAUGGUCACAACGUUUGUGUGUUUGUGCGUUGCUGGCGUGGCCGCCCAAAGUACGUAAGGUUGACUUUUACCGCAAGGGCUACAAGUGGUUUUAAGUUACCGUUCUCAUUGCCAUAAUAAACCACUUUUUACAUAGCUUUUGAAUCAUUAAACAUGGGGUGAAUGUAAUUGUAAAAAAUACUUGAAACUUCACAAACGAUUCUUUUAGGAGUCGGCUAAAAAACCGUCACAAAUGCAACUAAACAAAACAAGAACAGACUCAGCUUAUUAUCGUUCCUAUUGUCGUUCCUAUUAUCGUUCUGCUUUUCUAGAUUUAGCGCGAGUGGCCGUCGCAUUAACGGGAUAUUUUUAUAAGAAAAUAUGUAUAGCCGUUUAGCCGGGCAAAAAAGUGACCGUAUUACACACAACAAGGUGGUCGUAAGGUGGGAUUCCACAGUAAUUGGAUAUUUUUCUGAAAAUGAUUCUGUAUUAUAGGAAACCGAAACGUCAGACAAUAAAACAAUUUAUACAAAACAAUUACUUAUAUUUUGGCAAUCCCCUCUUAUACAUGUUCGUAUUUGAUUUCACAAACUGUAGAUAACUGCACAUCGCCUAACAUGACGUCACUGCUGUACAUUUUGGCCUCAGAGAAAAGUGGGACGACAGUACAGGCGUCAUACAAGCACGGUGAUUGGCUGUUUUUCCGAUGUAAGAAUAACAGUCAGUUGGUGGGCUGUUCAUUACGUAUAUGUAUAUCAGGAUCCUGGAGCGGUACAACACCUGUCUGUAUACGUAAGUCCAAAUGAUCGACCAUUACUAUUUUAUCUUUAUACAACAAUCGUGAUAUUACUUUCUUAACUGUGUUUAUCCUAACCCACCCUGUCAACUUUCCCUUAUGUGGGAGACCGGACCACCCGGAGAAAACCCAAGACUUUCGGCAGAGCAUUGGCGGACUCUUUUCACUGAUUAUGAGCCCGAGAAUCGAACCCACGAACUCGGAGAAUCGAGUGUAUAACUGAGUCUAACUUAAACUUUGUUUUUCUUGCAGCAAAGGCAACACCCCCACCCCAGGUGAAAUGUAAAAGGCUGAGGAACUUAAAACAUGGUAAAAUACGAGGAAGAAGGGGGGUGAAUGCCGUGGUGAAGUUCAGUUGUUCGUCUGGGUAUAACAUCAUGGGACCAAAGAAACUCACGUGUUUAGCUACAGGGAAGUGGAGUGGUCAUGUACCACGAUGUUUAAAAGGUAAUACAGUAACUCCAGGCGAAAGGCUCGAAACAUCGAAAUUCUCCUUUCAGGUUGUUGCAUCAUCAUCAUCAUCAUCAUCAUCAUCAUCAUCAUCAUCAUCAUCAUCAUCAUCAUCAAUCAUCAUCAUCAAUCAUCAUCAUCAUCAUCAUCAAUCAUCAUCAUCAAUCAUCAUCAAUCAUCAUCAUCAUCAAUCAUCAUCAUCAUCAUCAUCAUCAUCAAUCAUCAUCAUCAAUCAUCAUCAUCAAUCAUCAUCAUCAUCAUCAUCAUCAUCAUCAUCAUCAUCAUCAAUCAUCGUCAUCAAUCAUCAUCAUCAUCAUCAUCAUCAUCAAUCAUCAUCAUCAAUCAUCAUCAAUCAUCAUCAUCAUCAAUCAUCAUCAUCACUAUCAUCAUCAUCAUCAUCAAUCAUCAUCAUCAUCAUCAUCAUCAUCAUCAAUCAUCAUCAUCACUAAUUUUUGAGGUGAUCUUUUCAGUGAUCGAUCGAGGUUUUUUUCUUAAUUGCGUUUAGCACUCGGCCCAGCCUCCUCUACAGGCUCUCGUGCCUCAUGGGAAGGUCACAAUUCAUUACUUGUGUUGUUUGCAGAUGUGUCCUGUCCUAAUCUGUGUACGCCACGGAACGGAGUCCGAGAUGGAACAAAAUUCAAAUAUGGCCGACGAGUGAAAUAUUCCUGUAAUACCGGUUACAAACUGGUUGGUUCAAUUUCACGCAAGUGCAUGUCAAAUGGAAAGUGGAGUGGAAAGCGGGCAAAAUGUGUGAAAAUAGGUGAGAAUAUCCACAAAGCCAUAGGCAUACGAAACGGGGAGGGGAGGGGCUAGGGGAGGCUGCAGCCUCCCGUGAGUGUUUUGGUCGAGCAGAUUUUCACUUAAAACGUCAGGCAAUAUGCCAGGCCAGCUCGUCUUGAUGUAAUGUAUUUUAUUAAGAUAUUAAUAAUAUUUAGAUGUUUAAACUACGCUCACGCCGAAACGGUUUGAAAACGGCGCAAAAAAGUCACAAUUACCCCGUCGCGUUCAUACAUAUCGCCGGAGCGAAAUUAUUUGUAAAACGUCACUUUUGUCGUAAUAAUUUAAGCACGGUUUCUAAACGGAGCGAGAUGAAAACGGAGCGCUUGCUUGGCGGCUUCGUGUCAACACAAACGUCGUUAGAUUUUUGGAACCGUUUGCAAACCAAGCAUCUCAGGUCCCAAAACAGUAAAUUGGAAUGCUUUUCGUUUAAAUUUCUUUGCUCUGUUUGAAACAUUUUGGGUUUACAUUUUGGGUUUACAUGAGUGCUAAUUUAAUUUCUAAACAAACUGUAGCAUGAUUUAUCCGUGAUGCGCUGCGCGAAAGUGAUAUUGUGUUUACAAUAAAUCUUAACAGCUUUCCUUUUAUCGUCCUACAGACCCCGCCGUAGAAACAUUUUCCGGAGUUGACUUCGUGUUCGUUCUCGACAGUUCGGCUAGCGUCGGUAAAACGAACUUCAGACGAGGAAUCGAGUUGGUGAAAACGAUCGUCAAAGAGUACGGAGUAUCGACCAAACCACGGGGCACACGAGUGGCUAUCGUGACUUUCAAUGCCGCAGCAGAAAUAAAGUUUAACUUGGCUACUAAUGUUAUAAAUGAUACAGAUCAAGCUAUGCGAGAACUGGGUAAGAUAUUUAGCCGCAAGAUAUAUGAUAAACAAUUAUUAUAUUUAGUUAGAAAAUCUGAUAAAACCUGUAAUACUUAACAGAGCUCGCGCGGAAACGCACAUAAUAUGAUCAAUAUAUAAGGCCAUAUAAAAAAAAAUAGUUGGUUAGCGUCCUUAGCUUUCGCCAAAAAGUGGGCGGGCGGGCGCUUUUUUUUUAAUUUUUACUAAUUUUUAACGCCUUGGUUUUACUCACUGUUAGGUCCGAAACUGGAUUUUCUUGCGCAGUACAGAUAUUUUUUUAUAUAUUUCAAAAUAUAAUUGAUACCGUCACUUUCGCACGCAAUUUCGCAAAUUAUUAACACAAUUGACUACAGUCAACAGAAAUACUACAUAUAUUAGAGCCCGUUGAUCAAUAAAAGUCGUGUUUUUUUAAAUAAAAAAUAAAAAAAAAAUCCUGAGCGGGGCCUUUUUUGUGGGCGGGCGGGGACGCUAACCAACUAUUUUUUUAUGUGGCCUAAUAUGAUCACAUUUGAAACGUAAAAGCGUGCAAGCUGUUACAGUACUUACAGAUCUGCAAAGAAGUUGUAACAAGGUUGUUUUAAAGCCAAGGAUGUGUUCGCACUGCUUGUUUCCACCUUGUUACAUGAAGGUUGAUGACGGUAGCAGACUUACCACAAGCUUCUAACGAGACUAAUACAGGCUGUUCGUCACAGGUUUCUGCGAUCGACCUUGUUGUCAUCAACUUGUUAACAAACUUGUUUCGUGCAGACGACAUCAGACUUGUUGAAACAACUUGUAGCGAGUGUGGUGGCCUCAUCAACCUUGUUAGAAAAUGAUAACAAGGUGUUCCGGCGCGAACACAUUUUGUCUAUUAAUCUGGCGUUUCUUUUUUCUCAACAGGCAACAUUCAAUUCCAGGGGGGUGGUACGAACACGGAAGCAGCGUUGAGCAAAGUUUAUCAUCAUGUUUCUCCAGAGGCGAGGAAAGGCAGCCACAAAGUGCUAUUCCUGAUUACUGAUGGACGAUCGAAUACCGGGACAAACCCGCGACACUUUGCAGAAAGACUUAGGGAGAGAAAUUAUGAAAUUUUUGCAAUUGGGAUUACAAAGAAUGCAGACCAGAACGAGUUGAAGAGCAUCGCAUCACAGCCGUAUAGAUCACAUAUUCAUUUGUUGGCUGAUUACACAAGCUUGGAAAAACUCAGAGAUAUGAUAACCGGGAACGGAUAUGGUAAGGAUGUAAUGGGAUAUUAUUAUACUUGACGGGAUAUGGUAACGAUAGAAAGGGAUAUAUACGAUUGCUUGAGUAGUUAAGGUUACAACAACAGUGAUAACAACAGCAACAGCAAAAAUAAUAACAACAACAACAACAAUAACACCGAACAGCAGCAGUAGCAACAACAACAGCAGCAGCAGUAGCAGCAGCAACAAUAGCAACAACAACAACAACAACAGUAACAGCAACAACAACAACAACAACGACAGCGGCAACAACAACAGCAACAACAACAGCAGCAGCGACGACGACGACGACACCAACAGCAAAAACACCAACAACAACAACAGCAAUAACAACAACAACAACAACAACAACAGCAACAACGACAACAACGACAGUAACAGCAACAAUAACAACAACAACGAAAACAACGACAGUAACAACGACAACAACAACAACAACAACAGCAACAACAGCAACAACAACAGCAACAACAGCAACAACGACAACAACAACAACAACAACAACAACAACGACAACAACGACAGUAACAACGACAACAACAACAACAACAACAACAACAACAACAACAACAACAACAACAACAACAGAAACAACAACAGAAACAACAACAACAACAACAUCAACGACAACAACGACAGUAACGACGACAACGACAACAACGGCAACAACGACAACAGCGACAACAACGGCAACAACGACAACAACAACAACGACAACAACAACAACAACAACAACGACAACAGCGACAGUAACAACGACAACAACAACAACAACAACAACCACAACAACGACAACAACAACAGCAGCAACAAAACAUGAAGAGCAACAAUAACAGUAACCUUGUAAAGACAACUACAGUAACAGCAUCAGCACAAAGAGGCACAGUAACAACAACAUAGCGAAGACUACGGUUAAUAAUCAACACUGAUUUUAUAUUUCCCAGAUAAAUGGGAAUGCGGACAGGCAGGUGACACAAGGUUACGUGAUAAUUUAACGACUCCAAAUCGUAAACUAUCAAAGGACGACGCUUGGCCAUGGCAAGCAAUUAUUUAUGUGGAUGCAGCUUUCAAAUGUGGGGGAGCUUUGGUCGCAGACAACUGGGUUUUAACUGCUGCCAGUUGCUUUGACAAGAAAAUGUUUACAAAUCUAAAAGGACAUACUAUUAGAGUUGUUUUGGGUGAGUUAUUGUUAGUCAUUGUUACUAAUUUUUGUUCGAUAGAAGUUCGAACGAAAAUGGGUGAUUUCAGCUAUAGACUAAAUUUUGAUCAAGGCAAGAAGAACGAAAUCCAAUACCACAGGUAGAACGAGCGUCUUAGAAUGAGUAAAACUGCAAAGAUUGGUUGUUAAAUAUUGUAAAAUGAAGAAAAUGUAGCCCUGUGAAGUUCGCAAAUUUUGUACAUAUUUGCAAAUUAUAAAUUUUGGUAAAUACACAAGUGAUGCCAGGGACAUCUCAGCUCCAUAGAACUUAUGUUGAAAAGUUUUUUGAAGAUGGGAAUUUCGAGCGAAAAUUAUAUACAUCUUUACAGUUUAGACCUAAGCCAUCUUUGAAAAACACUCCAAUAAUCAGACAACGGUCACAGAUACAAUAUUGCAUUAUUCACUGUAGGAAACGUAAUUUCUAGCUAAUGUUUGUUUCAGGCGAGCACAAUCGUUUUGACGACGCGGGCACCGAGCAAACUUACGAAGUAGUGAAACUAAUUCGCCCUUCGAAAUCUGGCAAAAAUAGAAGUGAUGACAUAGCGAUGGUUAAACUUCAAUAUCCCAUCAAACCAACAAGUUAUGUGCAUGCUGUAUGUUAUAACAAUGAGUCAAACAGCUCUUUAACCUGGCCUACACAAUAUGGCGUCGUUACUGGCUGGGGAUCAAAGAAACAGGUAAGGAGGAGGGGGCAAUCGUCGAAUUAGGGUGUCCAGCCGUCCGGGGGCAUGGUCCCUGGAAUAUUGUUCAAUUUUUAGGGUCUCCGAAACGCUAUUUAAUGCAUUUUAGAUACGUCUUAUGAUAAUUUGAAAACCACCGAUUUGGUAUAUUUUACGAGGUUACGUCCCCUCCCCCAAAUGUUUCUCCUCAGUUGUGAAGAAUUACAAAAUUGGUCCAAUUACAGAAAGAACUAGAGGGCACUCAGAGACUGCAUACCUCCGCCCGUUACUCGGAAGUGAAAGGCAACCUUGGCAUUUCCUAAGAAAUCCACUUUACAAUUCUUAAGCAUAAAAGAUUUCAGGCCCCCGCGAAUUGAAAUCGAAUUGCUAAUAGAACAUAUUACUGUUGUUGUGCUGUACAGUACUUGUAAAAUAAAAACUUAUUAAGUGUCAUUAAAUAAUGCAUAAAUUUUGCUUUAUGCACUCGCGCGUGCAGUAAUUUUCACAGUUGUGCUAUUUUAAAUUCCCCGGCAGCUAAAAUCUUUUGUCUUUAAAACAAUGUCGAUUUCUUGGGAAAUUCCAAGGUUGCGUUCUUUUUAUACACCCUGUAUUGAAGUAAUCUAAUGUUGUUAGAAUUUGAAUGGACUGGCACUUUGCUGAACGUAAUAAUGCGUAACUCCGUAAGCCUUGUUUUAGACAUUGAAUUUCGGUCGCGUGAAAUGCAACUAAGACAAUAGAUAAUGAAGGCCGAAGCUUAAUGAGGUUUAUCAUCUCAUUAUUGUCUUAGCACUGAGUGCAUAAAUUAUACAUGUCCUAAUUACGCAUUCAGUAAUAUUUUUUGUUAAUUGACCGGGAAAAGCAAGACAAAAUUUUGUUCAUUUCUCGUUCAAUUUUUAACCAAAUUCAACCAAAUUUUAAUCAGUUCUUCCUUAGCCGAUGGGAAAUGCAUUCAAAAAAUUUCGUACGGAUAUGUUUGGUAUUUCUUGAGUUAUCGUGCUCACAGACAAACACAUACACAUACACACACACACACAUACACACACACACAUACACACACACACACACACAUACAAACCCAGAUGAUUACAUAACCUCCUGGCGGAGGUAACAAACCCAGAUGAUUACAUAACCUCCUGGCGGAGGUAAAAACCCAGAUGAUUACAUAACCUCCUGGCGGAGGUAAUUACAAAAAGCUAAUGCACUAGCUUUUGAACAAGUAUAUUUGUUAUAGUAAAAGUUGGCAAAGUUACCCAUAGAGACGAGGAAAUGCUUGUCAUAAAAAAACAACUUUAAGUUCAAUAUUCUCACCAAAUAUAAUUCAUGUAUUUUAAAUUGUUGAAGAAUACGAAUGUUCUCCUCACCAAGCUAAGACGUUAAGUUUCACACACUAUUUACGUGUGCAGACGUUUCACACACUAUUUACGUGUGCAUUACAUUGCGCAUUUGAUUAUAUAUACAUAUGGAUAUUUGCGCAAUAUAAAUAAUAAAUUAUUAUCAUUAUCAUUAUUAUUAUUAUUAUUAUUAUUAUUAUUUAGGUUUCACAAGCCGUUUCGCAUCCGUGUUGUAUCCGAUAUACAAACUUGCCUUCGGCUCAAGUUUGUGUGCCCGAUACAAUACGGCCGCUAGUGUUGUAAAUAGUGCUUACCAUGGCACCCAUCAUGUUCAUUAUUUGUAUAACAAUAUGGCUUACUAUAUUAAUAUUAUUCAAUCUCACGACAUUGCAGACCAAAAGCAACAGCGUGACAAUCCCAGCGUUUGAUGAACCUCAACAGACGGUCAUUAAGUUUGUGUCGGACAGAGAAUGUCGGGAAAAAUCAAACAUUAAGAGAUUGAAAGGAAACGUGUUUUGUGGCAGUAGUCAAGAUGAUUGUGUUGAUGAAUGUUUGGGGGAUACUGGUGGACCUGUAGUGGUAAGUGACUACUUUAAGCAGUGCCGUCGGAUGGGGACUCGACCAAGGGAGACCAUCACAUGUAAAAACGCGCUAUUACAGUUAUUACAGAUCUACAACCAACUUGUAGCAACGUUUUUGUCAAACCCAUAUCGGAAUGUGUUCGCACUGUCUGUCCCUCAAAUAACAGAAUUGUUACAACUUGCUGACAUGCUUGCUAUACAUGCCUGUUGCGAACACAUCUUGUUGACAAGUUGUGAGAUUUUUACGUUUGUAAUGCAAUUUUUUAAAACUUUUUUAUCAGGUAAAACUCAUCGAUGAUAGUUGGACGCUGGUUGGAGUGAUGAAAGUUAACGAAGGAUGCACAGAUGACUCGAAGUACUCAUUGUUCACCAAAGUUGGCCAUUACUCGGCCUGGAUCAGCGAAACGAUUUUGAAACAAUAA